AUGCGCCGGGACGUCGUACCUCGUGCGGGACAAAGUCAAAGUUCGGACGGAUAUAGGACUCUUGCGGGAUCUGUCGCCAAGAUGCAGGGUCUGAGUUCCCGGGCUCACGCGUUUUCCGUGGAGGCGCUGGUCGGGAAACCCUGCAAGAGGAUGAAAGUGUCGGAGGAACACGAGUCAAGUUCAGCUGGAGACACCGGCGGCGACACGAGCAUCUUCACCGGCCUGAACGAAUACCCAGUCAGCCAGAUGAAGACGGCGGGUUCAACCCCGACGAGGCUCGAGGACGCGUCCGGUGACCCGGAGAGGAGGACCGUCAGAUCGGCGGUUGAAGAGGAGGAGAGCAAGCUGACGGAGAGCGACUGCCGCCCGGACAGAGAGGUCUGCGCGGAGCUGCAGGGCUCCGAGCUGUGGAAGAGAUUCUACGAGAUCGGCACCGAGAUGAUCAUCACCAAAGCCGGCAGGAGAAUGUUUCCCUCCGUGCGCGUUAAAGUGCGCAACCUGGACCCGUGCCAGCAGUACUACAUCGCGAUGGACGUCAUGCCGGUGGACUCCAAACGCUACAGGUACGUGUACCACAGCUCGCAGUGGAUGGUGGCCGGGAACACGGACCACUCGUGCAUCUCUCCCAGGCUCUACGUGCACCCGGACUCGCCGUGCGCGGGAGAGACGUGGAUGCGUCAGGUCAUCAGCUUCGACCGGGUCAAACUCACCAACAACGAGAUGGACGAUAAGGGGCAUAUCAUUCUCCAGUCGAUGCAUAAGUACAAGCCUCGUGUUCACGUCAUCCGGCACGACCCGCGCAUGGACCUGUCGCAGAUCCAGUCGCUGCCCGCGGACGGAGUCCACAGCUUCUCCUUCCCCGAGACGGAGUUCACCACCGUCACGGCCUACCAGAACCAACAGAUCACCAAGCUGAAGAUCGACAGGAACCCGUUCGCCAAGGGCUUCAGAGACCCGGGGAGGAACAGGGGAGUGUUGGAUGGCUUGUUGGAGUCGUAUCCCUGGAGGGGCCCUCUGAGCUUUGACUUCAAGCCAUUCGCCAUCCAGCUCCAAGGCAGCUCGGGGUUCCCGACCGGCGGCGUGAAGACGUUCCUCCCCCUCUCCUCUUCCUCGUCCCUCCACCCGUUCGCCGUCUCCGCGCUCUCCUGCCACGACGCCGCCGCCCUCCACGCCCUCGCCCUCCCCCUCUACGGCGGCAGCAAGACCGCCUCCUCCUUCUCCUCCUUCUCCUCCUCCUCCUCGCCGGCCUUCUCCUCCCCGGGAGCCGUCGCCGCCGCCGCCCGCCUGAGGGCCCUGCCCCCCCCCGCGCCGCCCUCCCCGCUGACGGACCUCUCGCUCUUCUCGGCGCUGCAGGCCAAGAAGCCGCCGCCCCACUGCAGGGACGCGUGUCUCCUGGGGUCUCCGGGGGGCUCGCCCCCCUGCCUCUUCCCCCUCCGCGGCCCCCCCCUCGGCCCCCCCCGUCUGCUCCCCCAUCUCUCUGACUCCGCGGGCCCUUACUGCCUCUACCGCUACAGCUUCCCCCUGAACCCCCAGCUGGCGGCCAUUUCCCGGCACGCCAAAAUGGCCGAAAGCGGCACAGACUGUCUGCUGCGCCCGUCUCCGUGGCACCCGACCACCAACCACUGCCUCUGA